AUGGCAGUCAACGAACUCCCAAAUGCUCCUGUAGAGCAUCCUCAUGCAAUCGCACGAUCAGAUUCCUCCACAUCCUCGAGCCCUGAAGACAAUAACGAACCCAUUAUUCACCAGCCUGUGCCUAUCCGACCCAGCCUACCUCAACGGAAAAGCAGCGGCCCUCUAGUUGUCCCUCGCGACAGUUCAGCAGUUGGCCCUCUCGAGCCCGACUUUGGCCCAGAUGACGUCAGGGCAAUGAGCCCCAGGAGAACGAGCGAGGAUCUCGAUAGGAUUGGAAAGGCUGCGCGCGAAGAAAUGAGAAGACACGCCAAGGCAUUGCAGGACUCUCUUCUCACAAUCUUCAACCGCAUCGAAGCCGUUCGCGAAGAACAUGACAAGCUUGAUAACAAUAACAAGUUUCUGCAAAAGUACAUUGGCGACUUGAUGAGCACUAGCAAGAUCACAGCGACGAGUAACCAACGCAAGAAAUGA